AUGAUUGAUCUUGGCUAUGAAAUUGUUGAUUUCCAAUAUAAUACAUGGCAAAUCACAAACUGGAGAAGUUUGGAAAAGAGGACAACAGGUCCUGAAUUUGAAGCUGGAGGUUGGAAAUGGCGCAUUUUGCUUUUUCCUUCAGGAAACAAUAAUUUGGAUGUUGUUUCAAUUUAUUUGGAUUUUGCUGAUCUAAAAGGUGCACCUGCCGGUUGGCAUUGCUGUGCGCAAUUUGCUUUGGUAUUAUGGAAUCCAGAAGAUCCAACAUUCUAUGUUUCUCAUUGUGCGCAUCAUCGUUUCACUGCCGAAGAGUCAGAUUGGGGAUUUACGCGGUUUUACGAUUUAAAAAAACUGUUUGUCCCAUCAGAUAAUCAUACUCGCCCACUGAUAGAAAAUGGUACCUGUAAUAUUACGGCCUUCGUUCGCAUUAUAAAGGACCCAACUGGUUACUUAUGGCAUAACUGUAUAAAUUACGAUUCAAAAAAAGUGACAGGAUAUGUUGGCCUAAUAAAAUGGAGAACAAUAAAUGAUAAAAACAGGGGAGCAAUGGCAAUGGAUUUUAAAAACUGGGGAGCAACAAGUUAUUUAAAUGUCGAGUUGCAAUUAUUAUAUAGCAUAAAAUAUUUUCGUAAGGCAAUAUAUCAAAUCCCCACAAAAGAUGAUGAACUAAUCAGAAGUAUUCCUUUAGCCAUGCAAAAGGUUUUUUAUCAAUUACAAGAAUCAGAUCGUACAAUUGGAACGGCUGAAUUAAUGAAAUCUUUUGGAUGGGAUUCGUCAGAUUGUUGUAUAGCGCAUGAUGUACAGGAUUUUAAUAGAGUAUUGCUAGAUAAUUUAGAGGAUAAAAUGAAGAAUACAAAUGCGGAUGGUGCUAUUUCAAAACUUUUUGCAGGAAAGAUGAAGAGUUAUGUUAGAUGUGUCAACAUAAAUUAUGAGAGUUCACGUAUUGAAGAUUACUAUGAUAUUCAACUUAAUGUAAAAGUGUGCAAAACUUUAAAUGAUUCUUUCCUAGAAUAUAUUCGUGAAGAAAAAUAUGGCUUGCAGGAUGCAAAGAAAGGGGUAAUUUUUGAAAGUUUUCCACCAGUACUACGAAUACAAUUAAAACGGUUUGAAUAUGAUAUGCAAAGAGAUGCUAUAGUUAAGAUAAAUGACCGUCUUGAAUAUCCUAUGAAAAUUAAUUUACAAAGCUUUUUAUCAUCAGAUAGCGAUAAGUCUAAACCUCAUAAUUAUUUACUUCAUGGAGUAAUUGUUCACAGUGGUGAUUUACAUGAAGGCAGAUAUCACGUUUUUUUAAAACCAGAAAAGAAUGGCAAAUGGUUCAACUUUAAUGAUGAAAUAGUUACGCCUGUAAUAGAUAAAAAUGUCCUUGAAGAUAAUUACGGGGGUGAAGUUCCUAAAUACUAUAAAACAAGUGUUAACCGAUAUAGUAGUGCAUAUAUAUUGGUAUAUAUCCGUGAAUCUGAUAUCGACUUCGUACUAUCUCCGAUACUUGAUGAAGAUAUACCGGAACAUUUGCAAAGGCGCUUAAAUGAAGAGAAGGCUUUAUAUGAACAGAAAAAAAAAGAAGUUGAAGAGCGUCAUUUAUAUUUGUCUUUUAAGAUUGUGACCCCAGCUACUUUUGGGCGUCAUCAGGGGUUUGAUCUCGCUAAUUUUGACAAUCAAAAAUAUCCAAUAUCUGAAGUUCCACAAUUUAAAGUUUUAAAGAGUGAAACAUAUAGGACUUUCAAAGCUAUGGUCGCUCAAAAAAUCGGAAUUCCAUCCGAACAAAUAAGAUUGUGGGUUCUUGCAAGGCGCCAAAAUAAAACUGUCAGGCCAGAUACUCCAAUACCAGACAAUUUUCUUGACAUGACAAUGGAAGAAAUCUACACAGAAAUGUCUUUGAGAAAAGAUAAUCUGAAUUUGUUUUUAGAGGUGGCAGAUAAACUUAUCAACGAUAAAGUAGUACCUAUUAUUCAAUAA